AUGAAUUCAUCUACAAUAUUGCCAUGUGAUGUUAAUGAAUGUAAAACAUUUUCGUCUAUUUCCUCUAAUUAUUGUGAACAACAGAAUAAUUCUAUUAAUAAUUUAGAAAAAAAUAUUGGAAAUUCAUCGAUAUUAAAGAGUUUAAAUGAACUUAAUCAUCGAAUAAACAAUAUUUCAAUUAAUGAAUUAAGAUUUCUUAAAAAUGUUGAAAAAUGGCGUUGCGAAUCUCAUCAAAUAAUUGAUCAGUUUUGUAAAGAAUUAUCUGAUAAAUAUAUCAAUCGAACCAAAACAGAAUUCGAUCAUCUUCGAACUCUAACAGCUUUAAUGAUUAAUAAUUAUGAUAAAACUGAAAAGAAUCUUGAUUUGAUUAAACAAACAAUUGUACUAAUUGAACAAAAUCUUGAUCAACUUAAAUAUAUUCAAUAUCAAUUUCAUUCAUUAGAAAUCGAUAAAUCGAUUAUUUCUCUUCCAUCUCCAAUGAAACAUAUUCAAAUUCCUUCAUUUUCACAAUCUAAUCAUUUAUCUUUCAAAAAAGAAAUUGAUACAUUUUUUGGUUCAUCUUCAUCAAAUAAGUCUUGUUUUUCUUCAAUGGAAACUGUCUCUUAUCAAUAUUCUCUAUCUCCACAAAAUUGUUUCUAUCCUAAUUUAAUAUUACCUAAGGAAAUGAUCGAGUUUUCAUCUGAUAAUUGGUUUACAUUAGCUACUAAUCAAAUGCAUAUAUUAGCUAUUGGAAAAGUAAAUUUAUGUUUAUUCAAUCAACAUUUCAAUAUUGUUCACCAAAAAUCAUUUCAACAACCAGGAAUAAAAGAUAUUUGUUGGUCAGAAACUCUUGACAAAUUUAUUUUUAUUUCUUCGAAAGAAAUAUUUACUCUUGACGAAAAAACAAUGGUUCUUAGUCCAUAUAACAUAUAUUUUAAUACUGAUAGUACUUGGGAACGUGGUACAUGUUCUGAAUCAACUUUAUUUUUAUCAACAUUUGGACAAAAUCCAUUUAUCGCUGAAUUUAAUUUUUAUCCAUCUAUUCAUUUUCAGAGACGAUAUCAAUCAGAAAUAAUAUCUGAUGAAAAUGAUAUGAUUAAUGAUAUUAAAUAUAGUGAUAACAAUCUUGGAAUAAUUAUCGAAAAUGGAUUAACCAAUCAAAGUCAUUUGGAAAUUCGUUCAAUAAAAUCUUUCGAGUGUAUGUGGAUGAUUGUACUUGGGCAAGGAUGGGGAUAUAGAUGUUCUUUAUUCAAUCAUCGAUAUUGGAUAGUAGCUGAUAGAUAUAACCAUCGAUGCAUUUAUAUACUCAAUGAUGGAACACUUCUUAAAAUCGAGAAUUAUUCUUCAAAACCAUUGAAUGUUGUUUCUUGGGGUAAACAUCAACUUGUUGUACGAACUAUGCAAACUCUCAAUAUCCAUGAAUGUGAAUAA